AAGAGAAAUCCUUUUGUUGAUGCGAAUGGACAAUUUCCCAUGGAACCAGUCUCAUAAAACCGUAUCCUAUUUAUAACCGUCAUCAGCAAACAUAGUAUUUUAAUUUUUAACAAUCAUUUGGUUUUCAUCUGCAUGCAUCCACUACCUAGAGUGGCCUGUCUUUCUCUAUUAAACCUCAAACUCAAACACAUCAACAACGUUAAGGAACUUCAUGCACAACUAAUCACCAAUGCCUUGUAUUCAUUUUCCAAUCUUGCAAAACUGAUUCAACAAUAUUGUUCAUUCUCAUCUCCACAAGCCACUAAUCAUGCAGACUUAAUUCUCAAACACUUCGAAAUUAAUACAAACGUGUAUCUUUUGAAUGUGUUAAUCAGGUGUAGUUCUCCCAGACAUUCUGUCCAGGUUUUCAAGAAUUAUGUCUCGCGGCCGGGGGUUUGUUUCGAUAAUUUUACGUAUGUUUUUGCACUUGGAGCUUGUGCGAGAGCUAGUUUGUUGUUGGAAGGGAGACAAAUACAUUGUAGGGUGGUGAAACAUGGGUUUUGGACUGAUGUUAUGGUGCAGACUACUGCUGUGCAUUUUUAUGCCAAGAGUCGGGAUGUUGGAUCUGCACGUAAGGUGUUUGAUGAAAUGUCUGUGAGAAGUAGAGAGACUUGGAAUGCUAUGAUUGCUGGGUAUUGUUCACAGAGGGAAAGGGUUGGUGGGGAUGCAUGUGGGGUUGCGUUGAGUUUGUUUUGUGAGAUGUUGGGUGGUGGGGUGAAGCCGGAUGGGACUACAAUGGUGUCUGCUUUAUCUGCGGUUUCUCAGCUAGGUGUUUUGGAGAGUGGGAUUUGUGUCCAUGGGUAUGUGGAGAAAAUGUUGUGUGAGCCGCAGAAUGAUGUGUAUGUGGGAACUGGACUUGUUGAUAUGUAUUCGAAAUGUGGGUGUGUUGAUAGUGCUAUGUGGAUAUUCAAGAGGAUGAAAGAAAGGAAUGUUUUGACGUGGACAGCGAUGACUACGGGACUGGCUAUUCAUGGGAGAGGGAAAGAAGCACUGGAAGUCCUGGAUAUGAUGGAGGGUCAUGGACUUGUACCCAAUGCAGUGACUUUUACUAGCUUGCUAUCUGCUUGUUGCCACGGAGGGCUUGUUCAAGAAGGACUCUCGUUGUUUUACAGUAUGGACCGGUUUGGAGUUCUGCCAACACGACAACACUAUGGAUGUAUUGUUGAUCUUCUUGGUCGAGCUGGGCAUUUGGAAGAAGCUUAUAAUUUCAUAGAUAAUAUGCAGGUCGAACGAGAUGCGAUACUCUGGAGGACUCUACUAAGUGCUUGUAAUGUGCAUGGGGAUUUGUUGACAGGAGAGAAGAUUAGGCAGAUCCUACUAAAUAUGCAAACGGAACAGAAAUUUAAGUCCACGGGUGCUGCAGCUGAUAUGAGUGAGGACUACAUAGCUUUAUCUAAUAUGUAUGCUUCUGCAGAUAGGUGGGAUGAUGUGAAGAUAGUGAGGGAGGAAAUGAAAUUUAAGGGGUAUGGAAGUAAGCCCGGUCUUAGUUCUCUACAGUCACCUGGUAACUUCAUUACGGACUUGCUAUAAACCAAAGACGACCUGCCAAGCAUACUCCGAAUCUCAGACAGUUUUGGCUGCAGACCAUGAUGUGCUCUCGACUACAGAUGAGGUCUGUUUUUAUUAUAGUACAUAUAUAUGUUGGUAUUUCAAAUUUCCUUCAACUCAUGAAUGUUUCAGACUUUUAGCCAUAAAUCUGUUACCAAAUCGGUUUGGACAGUUACAGUUCCAGACUGUUGUGCAGCCCUAGUUGUUAAUAAGAUGAUAGAUAUAGAGUGAUAAACAGCCGAAUGAUCAGUUAAAAUAUACAUGAUUAAAUGUGAGACCUGUCCCUGCUGUCCAUAAGAUUAUAUCCUGUCUUCAACUGCACAUGGCGUUAAAAAUCCGAAGUAGACUAGUUUACCAUAAUU